ACUUCCCUUCUCCUUGGAUUCUGUUUUUGUCGAGAAAAGUUUUCCAGCAGGGCGCUUUGGAAGUUUUUUUCUCUUUGCAACAACGAUACUUUUUGACUGACAAGUUCUGCGAAAUAGACAUCAUGUCUCCCCCAUCAAGAAGGCUUCAAACGAAGCCUGUGAUUACAUGUCUCAAGACCUUUCUUAUUUCUUACAGUCUCAUAUUUUGGUUUACAGGGGUUAUCCUUCUGGCUGUUGGAGUAUGGGGGAAAGUGAGCCUGGAAGCUUAUUUCCAACUGGCCUCUGACAAUAGCACCAACGCGCCAUUUGUCCUCAUCGGGACUGGCGCCAUCAUCGUCAUUUUUGGCCUGUUUGGUUGCUUCGCUACAUGCCGCGGUAGCCCAUGGAUGCUAAAACUGUAUGCCAUGUUCCUGAUUCUGGUGUUCUUAGCCGAGUUUGUGGCUGGCAUCUCUGGCUUCUUAUUCAGACAUGAGAUAAAGGCUGUAUUAGGUGAUGCCUAUAAAGACGCUGUGACAAACUACAAUACCACAGACUCCAAAAGCUCUGCAGUUGACACCAUCCAGAGGACUUUGCACUGCUGUGGAGUGGAUAGUUACAAGGACUGGAACACGACAAAGUACUUCAAAGACAAUGGCAUCCCUGUCAGCUGUUGCAAAGAGAAUUCGGUCUGCUCUGUCGAGAACCUCAAGGACCUUGACAAGGCUCGUGACGUUGUGUAUGACACGGGCUGCUUCUCACUGGUGACCAUUUUGAUGGAGUCUAACCUGGGAAUCAUUGCAGGGAUAUCUUUUGGAAUUGCAUUCUUCCAGCUCAUUGGGGUUUUCUUGUCCUGCUGCUUGUCUCGAUACAUCACCAACAACCAGUAUGAGAUGGUCUAGCAGUGUCCUUCCACAGGUCACUGAUGGGCAGCUCAUGAUGCAAAGGGAACUUGCAUAUUUUUAAUCCUUCGUAUACGUGUAAUGGUUAUCUAUGUCAUUUUAGAAUACACUCUUGCUGAUAUAAAAACAAAAAAACAGACUUUCACUUUUCAAUGGCAAACAGACUGAAGGAAAACCGUUAUUGGACACCAUAAGGGAUCUAUUUCUGCAAUUCUGUCAUCAAUGGGAUAAAGCUUUGUCUUGCUAAGACUAGUGGAUUACAGUUUAUUGUGCUUAAAUGUUAAUUUGGGAUUCACAGACUUUAUCAAUGGCAUAUUUCUCAUUUGAUUCAUGUAUGUUUGAUGCUAUUAUAUAUGACAUAUUGAA